AUGUCGGCCGAGGACGUGGAGCUGCUGCGGAGCCUCCUGGCGCGGACGCUGGGCCUGGGCUCGGAGCCGGCGGAGCGGGUGCUGGACGAGCUGUCGCUGCCCGGCGUCGCCCGGUUCGUGCAGAGCGGGCGGUGCCGCCGCGUGGUGUGCAUGGUGGGCGCCGGCAUCUCCACGGCCGCCGGGAUCCCCGAUUUCCGCUCGCCCGGCACCGGGCUCUACGCCAACCUGGCGCGCUACGAGCUGCCCUACCCCGAGGCCAUCUUCGACAUCGCCUACUUCAAGGAACACCCGGAGCCUUUCUUCGCCCUGGCCAAGGAGCUGCUUCCAGGGCAGCUCAAGCCCACCGUCUGCCACUACUUCAUGCGCCUGCUGAAGGAGAAGGGGCUGCUCCUGCGCUGCUACACCCAGAACAUCGACACCCUGGAGCGGGUGGCGGGGCUGGAGCCCGAGGAGCUGGUGGAGGCGCACGGCACCUUCUUCACCUCCCACUGCACGCGGGCCUCCUGCCGCCAGCCCUACGGCCUGCACUGGAUGAAGGCCGCGAUGCCGCCCGUAGCUCCCGGCCCCCCUCCGCCGCCGCCGCCGCCCCGCCGCCGCUUGGGCGCCCGGCGAUCAGGCAGCGCGCUGGCCCGCUACGUCUCGGUGCCUGCCGGGGUCCUGCCUCCGGAGCCCGUGCGGGGAUGUGUGGGAGACCCCGCGCCGGCCGCCGCUCAGAGCUCACGGCACUGUGCGCCCCCCGCCUCCACGUUGCACCCCCGUCUCUGCGCCGUCGGCACCCCCAGACCCUCGCCGCCCACGGUGCCCUGGUGA